CUGCCCGCCCCCCGCUCGCGCCCCCCCUCCCCUCCCCUCCCCUGCGGCGGCGGCGGGCGGCGGCCGCGGUGCAUUGUGGGCGCAGCCCGUUGUUCAUUUGCCACCCGACCCGAUCCGGGGCCUGUCGGGACGGAAGCGCCGCCGCCGAGCGAUCGAGCGGGAUCCAUUGUGGGCAGCCCCGCGCCCGCCGCGAUCCAGGCCGGACCCGGGGCAGUGGGGAGCGAGCGGCCGCGCUUCGCCUCUUUCGGCCGCCGCCCCCGCGCGGCAGCCGGGCGCCUCCUUCCCCCGCCCCGUUCCCGCGGCGGACGGAGCGCUCGGCCGGGCGGGGGGCGCGGGGCGCGCCCGCCAUGUUCGCGGAGAUAAACCGGCGGACGCUCGCGUUCCGCGGCGGCGGCCUCGUCACCCCCGCGGCGGCCCCCUCGGCGGCGGGGGCCGAGGCCUGGGAGCGGCAGGACCCCGAGGCGCUGAACGGGCGCGGGGCGGACGAGGAGGCGGAGCUGGAGGGGCUGGAGGCCGAGGAGCUGGAGGCCGCCGCCGCCGAGGAGAAGGAGCUGCUGCUGCCCCAGGACGCGGCGUCGCCCCCCGCCGCCGCCGGUCCCAUGUUCGCCGAGAGAAACCGCCGGACUCUGGCCUUCCGCGGCGGCGGGGGGCUCCUGGGCGCCCACCCCGCCGCUAACAAUGGCUGCGAGGCCGCGGCCUGGCCGCGGAAGCACUUCAAUGGGCGGGGGGCGGACGAGGAGAUGGAGCUGGAGGGCGCGGAGGGGCUGGAACCGGAGGGGCUGCUGGAGGGCAAGGAGCUCGUCCAGGACGGGGGCUCGCUGAGUGACAGCAGCGACGAUGAGGAGGACGGCGAAGGGGGCAGCCUGGGCGACGGCAGCGGCGCCGAGGGCGGCAGCUGUAGCAGCAGCCGGCGAUCGGGGGGCGACGGCGGGGACGAGGCGGAGGGCAGUGGCGAGGGGGAGAGCAUCAGGCACUUCCCGCUGGCCAGGCCCAAGUCCCUGCUGCAGAAGCUGCACAUCUCCUUCCAGGGCUCCUGGCUCAAGGAGUUCCCGUGGCUCUACUACUGCCAAGAGACCGGCCUCAUGUCCUGCGCCUGGUGUACUGCGGCCGCGGCCGCCGCCGCGCCCCCCGAGCUGAUCAUGGCCGGCGGGCCCCUGCCCGGGGGGCACGACGAGCUCUGCAAGGGCACCCGCAACUACAAGCGCACCCUGCUGCUGCGGCACCACCUCUCCGCUGAGCAUCGUCUCAACGAGCCCGGCAGCGCCGAGCAGGAGGCGGAGUUACCAUCAGAACUGAACAAUGAAGGAUACUGUGAUUUUAACAGUAGGCCAAACGAGAACUCUUACUGCUAUCAGCUCCUGCAAGAGCUCAACGAGCAGAGGAAGAAAGGCAUUCUUUGUGAUGUUAAUAUUGUGGUGAGUGGGAGGGUCUUCAGAGCUCACAAGAACAUCCUGGUUGCAGGCAGCCGCUUCUUUAAGACUCUGUAUUGCUUUACAAACAAAGAAAGCCGGAACCAAACCACUGUUACCUAUUUAGACGUUGUUGCUGUUCAAGGUUUUUCUGUCAUCUUGGACUUCUUAUAUUCUGGUAACCUCGUGCUUACGAGCCAAAAUGCCAUUGAAGUGAUGUCGGUGGCCAGCUACCUUCAGAUGACGGAGGUUGUCCAGUCCUGCCGCAACUUCAUUAAAGAUGCCUUAAACAUAAGUAUAAAAUCAGAAGCUCCAGAGACCGUUGUAGUGGAUUACAACAGAAGAUCUGUUAGUAGGGAUGGUUUGUCUCCAAGGGAUCAGAAAGUUGCCAGCUUCUGGGCAACACGAAACCUUACCAACUUGGCAAGUAGCAUAAAAACUGAGAACGAUCCCUAUCCAAUUGAUGAGGGCCAAAUGGAAAGCUACCAAAUGAACGACUGCAGUUGGGUCCAGGACAGCUCACCUGAAAUGGCUGAAAAUGAAUCUCAAGGUGAGGGAAAAGUUUUUGUGUGGAAUGACAUGGGUGCACAGGGACAAUCAGUUCAAGAACCUGGAAAAGCAAGAAGGAAAAACCAAACUGCAAAGAGAUUUAUUUAUAAUAUACCACCUAAUACUGAAGAGAACUCAGAAGAUUGCUCAGUGUUGCAACCAUCAGUCCCAUAUCCAGAAGAAGAUCUGUCAUUUAUUAAAGAAGAAGCAGCAACCUCAAGUGACUUCAAGUAUGGUCUGCUGCCGGGUACCUCAAGUGACUUCAAGUACGGUCUGCUGCCGGGUACUUCCAGUGACUUCAAGUAUGGACUGCUGCCGGGUACUUCUGGUGACUUCAAGUAUGGACUGCUGCCAGAAUCUUGGCCAAAAGAAGCUUGGGAAAAUGGCGAUUCCUCUGCUUUAAUCAUGAACAAGUUGAAGUGUCCACACUGUAAUUAUGUAGCCAAAUACAGAAGAACACUAAAGAGACACUUGCUCAUUCACACAGGCGUGAGAUCUUUCAGUUGUGACAUCUGUGGGAAGCUGUUUACACGAAGAGAGCAUGUAAAGAGACAUUCCUUGGUGCAUAAAAAGGAUAAAAAGUAUAAGUGUAUGGUGUGUAAGAAGAUUUUCAUGCUAGCAGCCAGUGUUGGAAUAAGACACGGAUCACGACGUUAUGGAGUUUGUGUAGACUGUGCAGAUAAAUCUCAACCUGGAGGGCAAGAAGGAGCAGACCAGGUGCAGGACACAGAUUUCCCUAGGGAUGAAGAAUAUGAGGAAAAUGAAGUGGGAGAAGGUGAUGAGGAGCUUGGUGAUGAUGUAGAAGAACAGAAUGACCAGUCCCGAUGGGAUGAAGCUGGGGAAGUUUGUAUGCCUUUAGAUGACUGACAGAGCAUAUGACUUCAGGGUGCUGCAAAUGGACACUGUAUGGAUUGACUAUUUGACUAUAUGAAUUUUGGGACUGAAGGCUUGCGAAAUAUGGUACAGGCUGGAUGGUAGUUACAUUGCUGUGAAAAAUGUAGGGUCAAAGCCUUAUAGCAAAAAAAGGAUUAUUAAUUUUUUUAUGAUAUUUGCACAGGACUGUACAGCAUACAACCAUUUGGUUGAAUUAUACAGAGUCCUCACAUCUACAGUCAGUUAUCAAAAGAAAAAUGUAUUUUUUAUUAUUUAUAGGCUAUAGCUACUUGGGUCCUAUUCAGACAUAGUAGUAACUGUAAUUAUGUUACACAUUCAUGUAUCUGUUAACAUGAAUGAAGAAAAUUACAACUUUGUAUGGAAAUACAAAGACAGCUUUCCCAAAUCCACUUCUACUAUGGUCAGUGAGUCAGCGAAGGUAAUUUGGGGUAGUGGCUCAUUUUCCCCAAGCACGUCUUUGCCAUACAAAUUUUAUCCCUUCCAUAACCUGAGAGGUGAAAGCCAAUCAUUUAAAUAUGCGUCACAGAUAUUGCCAAAACCAUACUGAAAUUUGGUUUGAAAACUUUUGGCUCUGUGCUGGCAGGUGGUAUGGGUGAUAAGCACUGGAGAAGUUGUUAAUGGCAUUAAUUUAGCAUCUGUUUUUAAAGAAGGUUGUUGUUGAUUCAUCAGUUUCAAAAUGAUAACGCAGAAGAAAUGACCAAUAAUGAAAAUAAUAGACUGGUCAGAGCAUGGGUAAUUCUUGUGCCACUUGUAGUCAAAAGAAACAGUUAUGCUAAAAGGUAUCUGAUGUAAUAAUGUUUCUUCCCACUAAGGUGCCCCUUCUCAAACUUUUUGAUUUCCCUGGUGUAUACCUCAGUCCCACAAAAUAAAAAUACAAGGAAUGGAGAAAGUGUCAUAUUAAACAACUCUUUGGUCAAUAAUUUCUCACUUGUCCGCUUUUUGGCUAGUUUGUGAUGUGAAUUGAACACUAGGCUAUUUUGCCCAUCGUUCAUCAUUAAAAUGAACACAAACUAUUUUUUAUUCUUUUGUACUUAAUGGGUUGUUGCUAGUAUUUAAUAUAAACCAAUUACAUUUAAUUUGCUCAUUUGCUGGAAUUAUUUCUUUUAAGAAAAACAAAAAGUCCAAAGCAAAAUAAUACUCUUUGAGUUGUCCACUUUUCAGGGGGAUAUGCUCCCUAUGCUCUUUGCUUCAGAUUUUCUAGGAGGCAUUGAAACUUGAAUUUUUGUAGCCAUUAGACUUUUUUUCCCCUAAGCUUGUAAUAUUGUACCAAUGAUUUCAGGCCCCUUUUAUAGGGAGGGGAGGGCAUUACACCUUCACCUUAAACUCCUCUGUGUUGUCUAGCCUAAGGCAAACAAAUUCAGGCAAUCAUUGGAACAAUACAUCUGGUGUACUAUUAUGUCACAAUGAGUAAAUAUGCAGAGCAUUUAUCAUGACACAUAGCUAGGCCAGUGUGACAGUACUGUAUAAAAACCAAUUGAGGGUCACCAUAUUUUUCAACUUUGUUUAUUUUAAAAUGAGUAUAUUUUUUUCCUAUUUUAUAUCAGGUAACUAAAUUAUGGUAGUUGUGUGGAUAACUUUGAAUUAUGCUUUGACAGACAAAAUCUUACUGGUGCUCCAUCUGAUCAAAGUCGGUAUGUAUUUAAAGAGACAAGCUUUACUGUUGUCCAUAGAACAGUAACAUGAUGUUAAGGCAUUGUUUUUGCUGAUUGAAGCUAAGUUUGAACUACAGUUAUAUGGGAAUUAAAAUGCUUUUUUUUAUCAUCCACUUGUUUCAUUGGUAGCUUCCACAUCAUUGUAAACCUGACGUGAUUAGUUUUUUUUGGGGAGGGUGGGAAGGGUGGGGUGCCUUUUUUACACUGAAGAAUACAUUUUAUUCUCAUUGUUCUAGACUGAAAUGAGUAAUGUGUAAUCCUGGUGGGGUCCAAAGUAGAAAUUAGUUGGGCAAAAAUGAUAUGAAUUAAAAAGUAUUUUAAACGUUAAAGUAAUGUUCUGCUUUGUGAAUAUGUAAGUAUAGCAUAAAGAUUUUUCCAUCCCGUUUAUCCCUUUUAAAACCAUAGUUUACAAUUGGUAGAUCUGUCUAUAUAUAUAAGUAUAUAUAUAUAUAUCUGAAAUUCACCUAAAUCUGCUUUAUUAGGAUACUGCUCACUUAAUACUUAGAAACUGGACCUGGCUCUACAUUCUUAAUGUAUUUUCCUUUUUUUUUUUUUGUUUUUGUUUUGUUGAGUUUUUUCCUCAAGUAUGAACUUAUUCUCUUGGAAUUGAAUCUUCUUUUACUACUUAAAUCAUUUAUGUAUAUCUGGUAAAUUAUGACCAAAUUUGUUGUUAGACUGCAUACAGUAAAUCGAAAUAUACACUUGGUACACUACA